GCUAGUGCAUUCUGUGCCGAGCGCUUUACUGCUGCCUGGUUGUUAUAGUGAUAAACCGAGGGCCUGUGCAUCACCGCGUCUACUUAUACGAUUUAAACAGCAAUGUUCUUCUCCUCCUGGGAUUAAGACAGAAAGCUCGGAAAAAUAUCCAGCACUGCACUGCAUUGAAUCCCCAAGAGAAGUUCCACAUUGUGGAGGGAGCUGCAAGCAGCCUCUUCUGGCCAUGCCAGUUCUCAGCCUUGAUGCUGAGUCAGAAACAGGUAUCCCAAAAUCCCUUUGUGGUGAUCUUCUCCUAGGAACCAUGGAAGAAUUGGAGCAUACUUGUCCCCAGCCACGCUCGACUCUUGCUACACCUGCUCCAUAUGCUGUUGAUACAAGCUGCCAGUGCAAAGCCCCACAUGAAAAGUUAACCAUUGCUCAGGCUCAUUUUGGAACACCAGUUGACCGACCUGUCAGGGUAUAUGCAGAUGGAAUAUUUGAUCUCUUCCACUCAGGUCAUGCAAGAGCCCUUAUGCAAGCCAAGAACCUGUUCCCAAACAGUUAUCUGCUGGUUGGAGUUUGCAGUGAUGAGUUAACUCACAAGUACAAAGGUUUCACAGUAAUGAAUGAGAAUGAACGCUAUGAAGCUCUGCGCCAUUGUAGGUAUGUGGAUGAAGUCAUCACUGACGCCCCAUGGACGCUCACUCCAGAAUUUUUAGAGAAACAUAAGAUUGAUUUUGUGGCUCAUGAUGACAUCCCAUAUUCAUCAGCAGGUUCUGAUGAUGUCUACAAACACAUAAAGGAGGCAGGCAUGUUUGUACCAACACAGAGGACAGAAGGUAUCUCAACGUCAGACAUAAUCACUAGAAUCGUCCGUGAUUAUGAUGUUUAUGCCAGGCGCAAUCUCCAGAGGGGAUACACGGCAAAAGAGCUAAAUGUUAGUUUUAUAAACGAGAAAAAAUACAGAUUUCAAAACCAAGUAGAUAAAAUGAAAGAAAAAGUAAAAAAUGUAGAAGAAAAAUCUAAAGAAUUUGUCUACAAGGUGGAAGAAAAAAGUCACGAUUUAAUCCAGAAGUGGGAGGAGAAGUCAAGAGAAUUUAUUGGAAAUUUUCUGGAGUUAUUCGGUCCUGAUGGUGCCUGGAAGCAGAUGUUUCAGGAAAGAAGUGGGAGAAUGCUCCAAGCACUAUCUCCAAGGCAGAGUCCUUCAGGAAGCCCCACUCGAGAACGUUCCCCUUCACCCACCUUACCGUGGAUGCUCAAUAAGCCCUCACCACCAUCAUCACCCAAAGGUGCAGCCUCGGCCUCUCUCAGCAGCAUGAGUGAAGGAGAUGAAGAUGAAAAGUAGCUAGUACACAACAUGUUGUAUUAUAUAAGCAAUUAUGCCUUUUCCCACCACAGGGGCUACCUCCCUUAUUGCUUAGGUGGUCCAUCAAAGGUUAAAACAGAGUUUCUGUCAAGUAAAGUUUAAUCUGAGGAUUUAAACUGAAAGCAGUGAUUUGGGACAUGUAUAUAUUAUAUAUGUUCCCAAAUACCUACUUAUAAAAUGUUUUUUUUUUGGAAGGUGUCCCAAGACCCCACUGUAGGUAUGUUUGGACAAAUUUGUACUGAAGGAUAAGUGUCCAAUCUGGUCAGAGGUUACCAUGCCAAAGCUGUUUGAUAAUAAACUGGAGAAUAAACUACAAGGAUUCAAAAUGUGAAA